AUGUUCAAUCGAAAUAACAUCCCUUUCACAUCGAGGUCGAAUCCUCCCCCUCCAGAUCCGCGCCGGGGUAAUGGCUACGAUGCUGUCAUAUCUGAGGGGGAUAGGAACCCCAGCAGAGGAGGCGGCUACGGAGCUCCCCCGCCACCGCAAAGAGGACCAGCACCCGGUGCAAGAAGACCAGUCAACGAUGGAUCAACUUGGACAUUACGUUCCGAGAAGAGUCCGAAUACGCAGUAUACAUAUGGUAAUCUGGUCGCCGUUUCGACUGCCGAUUUCCCUCCUUCAGCUUUCGGUCAGGAGUUUUAUGUUCUUAUUAACGACCUUUAUGUUCUAUCUGCACGCCCCCUUGAUAGCUUCCCACCCGGAUACAUUGGUUUCGCAGAGAGGCAACGAAUGUGGGCUAGAAUUGCCGUGACAGAUUCCGUAAGAGUACAAAUCUAUGAUCCUUUUCGACAAGAGAGGAAAGCAUAUCUUGGCUCCGCGGAUGUUGAAGUGGGAUUCGCUGGAAAGGCUAGGACAGACGAGCCGUAUGAUCAAAAUGAAUUGGCAAAUGCUGUCAUUGAGAAAUUCAAAAACCAGAUUCUGGCUCCCGGACAAAAGGUCUUGAUGGAUCAUCGGGGAAUCCCUCUUUCGCUUUCCAUCAAGACUGUCGAGUUGGUAGACCUGAUGUCAGAAAAGCAACCUCAACAAUCCGCAGAGGGCGUUGCGACUGAUCCUACCGCUCGAGGCAUUCUUACCCCUCAUACAGCUUUCAACUUUUACAAAGAUGCAAAGAGUGGGCUUAAUCUGAAAGCAUCUGAUCGCAGGCCUGCCGCCAACUCCAUCAUUCGACCAGAUUUCAAGUUCGAAGAUAUGGGUAUCGGUGGUUUGGAUUCGGAAUUCAGUACUAUUUUCCGUCGUGCUUUUGCGUCGCGAAUUUUCCCUCCCGGUUUGAUCAACAAGUUGGGUAUUCAGCACGUCAAGGGUAUCCUUUUGUAUGGUGUACCAGGAACAGGAAAAACAUUGAUUGCGCGACAAAUUGGUAAAAUGCUGAACGCCAGAGAACCGAAAAUCAUUAACGGUCCUGAGGUGCUUAAUAAGUACGUCGGCCAGUCUGAGGAGAAUAUUCGAAAAAUGUUCGCAGAUGCAGAGAAGGAGUACAAGGAGAAAGGCGACGAGAGUGCGCUACACAUCAUCAUCUUCGACGAACUCGACGCUGUCUGUAAACAGCGUGGUAGUGGCGCCGGUGGCGGUACUGGUGUUGGUGACAGUGUUGUCAAUCAAUUGCUAUCCAAGCUUGACGGUGUGGACCAACUGAAUAAUAUUCUCCUGAUUGGUAUGACGAACAGAAAAGACAUGAUUGACGAUGCUUUGCUACGCCCUGGUCGUUUGGAAGUCCACAUGGAGAUUGGUUUGCCCGAUGAGAAGGGUCGUGCUCAAAUCCUAAAGAUUCAUACGCAGAAGAUGAGGGAGAACAACGUGAUGGAGCCUGAUGUGGAUUUGGUGGAGCUUGCUCAGUUGACAAAGAACUACUCUGGUGCUGAGAUUUCGGGUUUGGUCAAGGCUGCUACAUCAUUUGCUUUCAACAGACACGUCAAGCCUGAUACUAUAGCCGGCAUCAAGGACGACGUUGCGAACCUGAAAGUCCGACGAGACGACUUCCUCAAUGCUCUCGAAGAAGUUAAACCGGCCUUUGGCGUCGCGGAAGAACAGCUUGGAGACUGUAUUCAACAGGGCAUCAUCCAUUUCUCUGAUCGAAUCAAGGAUAUCCUCAAUGAAGGCAACCUGUUUGUGAAACAGGUCGGCGAAGAAGGCGGAACCCCACUAUUUUCAGUUCUAUUCCAUGGCCCUCCUGCUAGUGGCAAGACUGCACUUGCGGCCCGUAUAGCGAUGGAUUCGGGCUAUCCUUUUAUUCGACUGAUUAGCCCAGAAGACAUGGUUGGCUUCACGGAGUCCGCAAAGAUUCAGCACAUUACCAAGAUCUUCUCUGAUGCCUAUAAGAGUCGCACCAGUAUUGUGGUUGUGGACAAUAUUGAGCGACUCAUUGAUUGGGUGCCAAUUGGAGCCCGAUUCAGCAACGCUGUCCUUCAAACACUGAUGGUUUUCAUGAGAAAGGCUCCUGCAAAUGGGCGCCGGCUCUUGAUUCUCGCAACCACUACAGAACGUCGCCUUCUCAAAGACCUAGACAUGUACAGUUCCUUCAACUCCGACAUUGAAGUGCCCACGGUGAAUACCUACGAUGAACUACGAUAUAUUUUGGAGGGAUUAGAGACCUUCACACCUCAAGAGAUUGAGGGCAUUCUUGGAGGAAUCUACAGUAUCGAUGACGACAAGAAGAUUGGAGUGGGAAUCAAGAAGAUCUUGUUGGGCAUUGAGACUGCCAAACAGGAUAUCGACAAAGCAGGCAGGUUUGUGAAUGUCAUUAAUCGGCUGAUAGAUCAGGAUAGAGGGCCUGCCUUUUCAUGAUAGGAUGUAGCUACUUGUACAUAUCCUUCUUUGUUAGACAAACAAUGAUUGACAUUUAUCAGAUCCGCUAAAU